AUGUAUCGCAAUUUUCGUAAACCGAAACCAUGCAGGCGGAAAAGAUUUGUGCAAUCUUUGCAAGAUCACAUAAUUUUUACUUUUAGCAUUGCUUCUAUGAAUGGUCUAAUUCAUGUGGUGCGAAGUAAACGUCUUCUCUUUGAAAGAUUUUUAUGGAUUGUGUUACUGGUUGCCGGGUUGUCUGGUGCAAUUCAGCAAACAUUGCAAGCUUGGCGUCGAUACGAUGAACGUCCCGUUGUCAUAACCGUGGAAAAAGAUUUUUUUAAUUGGUUGGUCGAAUUUCCAAGCGUUAUAAUAUGUUUGGGGGAUAUGGACCUAAAUUUAAAAAAAAAAUUGAUUCCUUAUUUAAAUGAGCGAAAUAUUUCUUUCAAUGAGCAAGAUAUAGAAGAAUAUGUUAACGAUUUGAUGUUUAAUACUUACUUAACGUACUCAAGUUUAGAAAAAUAUGCUAAUGGUUCGAAAGUGGAUAUUGUACCUGCCCACCUCUACUUAGAAGUGGCAAACAUUAUUUCAGGGAGAAUUUCGUCUGAUUCUGACAAGAAGAACACGAGAGGCGCUGUGGAAACUAACUGGCCAAAAAAUGUAGAGGAUAGAUAUUCGCUCAUAAUGACAGAGUUUGGUGUCUGUCAUUGUUUUCAUUCGGAAUUAUCAAUUUAUUUUGACAUAGAAAGUUUGAUUAAUAACGUUACGUUUAAUUCUACUUUUCAAAGUAUUACAAGAAACUACAAGGAAAAGGAAAUUUUACUUAAUCAGAAAAAAAUUUAUAAGCAUUAUUUGCUCUUUGUAACAACUCCAACCGAUAUGAUUGAUAUUACAUCUCAUUACUUCCGUGCAACAGAUACUCUAAUAUUGCUCUCUUCUCUAAACAUACUGGAUAUAGUUAGUGAUGACGAUUUGAAAUAUUUAUCACCAUCACACAGGAACUGUAAAUUUAGCAACGAAAUUGAAGGGCUAGAAUAUAGCCAUAUUUAUAGUUACAAUCUCUGUCGAAUCGAAUGUAGAAUGCGUUUGUGCGUAAAGUAUUGCAAUUGCACUCCAUACUACUACAGAAGGAACGGCGAACCUGUUUGUAACAUGACGGGAAUGUACUGCUUGUCAAAGCACCCUGAAUUGAUAACGCUUAUUGAUCCACAAACAGAAGAUAUUCUCUGUUCUUGCUUGCAGAAUUGUAACGACCAAGUGGUGAAUCUUGAAAUAGAUUCAGCGAGUCCUUGGUUUUUGGACUCCACUCUCACCAUAAGCUUUAAUACAUUUCCAACAGAAAGAUACAGAAGAUCACUCAUUUUUUCAAAAACCGAUCUUCUGAUUCAAGCGGGUGGAUUAUUUGGCCUUUUCCUAGGAUGUAGCGUGAUAAGCUUCAUCGAAAUUCCAUACUUCUUUACCUUGCGGUUUAUAUGGGGUGUGUUUGGCAAGCGAUCCAUCAAACCAGAAGUAUAA